UGGAGGCUCACGCCUGUCGUACCAGCCUCCACUCGGGAGGGAGGCCGGGGCGGGAGGCUCGCUGGAGGUCGCGAGAUUUCCCCCGCCGCGUUCAGCUGCGCAGACGCCGCCGAAACCCUGCGGGAUCCGUGUGUGUCCCCCGGACGCCGGGUGGGUCCGGCCGGGCCGGUUGUGACAUCAGUCGAGGCCAGCGGAAUCUAGAACUCGGAACCGGGGGGUGGAGGCCGGGGCUGGGCGGGCACCGAGGCGCAGAGAGGCCAGGGCGUCGUGGGGGCUUCCUUCCUUCCUCUCCAGACAGCAAGGUUUUUGUCAACAGACCGGAAGCCGCGGCCGGGCUCGCUGGGCGCCCAGCGACACAAGGCACCAACCGCCCCAUGAGCCUCCGGCCACCCUCGGCCUCCCCCGGCCCGUCCUCCUCGGUCCGGGAGCCUUCGUCGUAAAAAAAAAAAAAAAAAGGGGGCCGGAAGAGGAGGCCGGCUCUUUGUUUUUUUUUUUUUUUUUUUUUGUCUCUCUCUCUCUGUCUCUCCGGGCCGGGUGGGGAGGUGACGAGCAGGGUCACCCGGCGCGACCCCAGCCCGCCGCGAUGACCCCGGCCCGACCCCAUGGCCCACGGCAAGACUAACCACGACCUCUACCUGCAGCUGGCGGCCUCCGCGCCGAGGCUGCUGGCCCGGGCCUCGAGGCUGCUGGCCCUGCUGCGGAGCGCGGGCGUCCCCGUCCCCAAGGGCGUCCGCAACGUCUUCGAGUUCACCUGGGACGAGCUGGUGGCCGACCCCGCGCUGCCCGCGGCCUCCGACAUCCCUGGCCUCGAGGUCGUGCUGGGCGUCCCGCCGCCCUCCGCUCCCGGCCUCCCGGAGGCCCCGCCGGCCGCCGCCUCCACGGGCCUCCAGCCUCCCAGGAGGCAGCCUCCCGUCCCGGCCUCCACCUCGCCUCGCACUCGCUGGCGGCCCCGCGCGCGCCCCUGUGCUGCUAAUGCCUGCCUUAGCUGCGCGGGGGCCCCACUGGCUGUGUCGGGCAGGUUCCGAGGCGGCGACGCAUUGCCAGAUCUACAGGUGUGGCCACCGGCGCCGCUUUCUGCUCCCGGGACGCCGCGCGGGGCGCCGGGGGCGCGGUGGAGGCACACAUGGCCCUCCGGCCUCCACUCGGCUCCGCCGGUCGCAACCAGCCGGGGGAGCGCUGCGGAGGUUCCGCCAAGUCGGCUGCACCUGCUCACGACUGCCUCGGCCUCGAAGAUGAGCCCAUCGGUGGAGGCCCUGGCGGGCGCCAACCCGAUGGACAUCACCCGGCGCUUUGUGGAGGCCAGCCAGCUCCUUCACCUGAACGCCAAGGAGAUGGCCCUGGACUGCCUGGUGGGCUCGGCCGGCAGGGACGGCUACGGAGGCCACGCGGGCAAAGACUCCUCCAUGAACAUCUCGGUCCUGGGCGUGAACUCGCCGUAUCAGCUCAUCUACGAGUCUUCUACGGCCUGCCUCAGUUUCUCCCUCUCCACGGGGAAGGAGACUAGGAAGAAGACAGGUGACUUAAAAGAACGACGUGGUGGUUCCCGGCCCGAUCCGGAAUUGGGGCCACACCCUAAACCUCCCGGCCUCCCUGACCUCCUGGCCUCCCUGACCUCCCGGAAGUCCGCAGCCCGAGCGGUGAGGAUGAAUCGCGGCACCCGCUCGGCGACCGCCUCGACCGACGACGCCCGCCGACCUACAGGGCGCCUCAGCCCGCUCCGGCCUCCACCUCCGCGAGCCUCACGGUCGACAUACCGCUUUGCCGAGACGCUCGGCCGAGGGCCGGGGCCGGGUGUCACCGGGGGACGGGCUGGUGGGUGGGGGUGCGUCCCGGGUCCUCGGGGAUCCUGGAGGCCGGAGGGAGGCCGGAGGGAGGCCAGACGGAGGCCGGGCCGUUGCUGUCGCCCCUCCGCCCGCAGAGAGUCCGAGCGCGCCCAGUGGAGAGGCCGGAACGUGUCCUGCCCGGUCGUCCUGUGCAACUACAAGGCCAAGAUCCCCUCGCACCAGGCCCUGACCCCGAAGGGCGAGGGCCUCGGCCUCCACCACCAGGCCUCCUCCCACCCCCUGCCUUCCAUGCGGCACUCCCAGGACUGGAGGCCCUCCAGGAAGGCCGCCAAGCUGCACUACACCUUCUACGACGGGUCCUCCUUCGUGUACUACCCCUCGGGCAACAUCGCCGUGAGCCAGAUCCCCACCUGCUGCCGGGCCAAGACGAUCACCUGCCUGUUCAGCGACACGCCCGGCUUCCCCCUGCUGGCCCUGUUCAGCCCCGAGGGCCAGGGCUGCGUCCAAUACAACCUCAAGACCCGCUGCCCCUUCGUGCUGGUCUUGGACGAGGAGGGCGGGACGACCAACGACCACAAGGGCUACGUGGUCCACAAGUGGAGCUGGGCCUCCAAGACGGAGACCCUGCUCUCCCUGGACUACAAGGUGACCGAGCACAUGAAGCUCAAGGUGCUGGGCCAGGACUCCAUCACGCUCACCUUCAGCUACCUCAACGAGACGGUCACGCUCGGAGUCUCGGCCGCCAGCUGUCCCCACGGCUCGGCCCACGACAAGCGGCCCAACCGCGGGGCCGCCGUGGACGAGAAGGUGUGCAAGAUGACCCGGGCGCUGGCCGACAUCAAGAAGCGCUUCCAGAGGACGGUGACCCAGUUCAUGAACUCCGUGCUGCUCGCCGCAGGCCUGUUCACCUCGAGUACCGGUGAUCGCGGGAGGACUUGGCGCCCCGGUGCACGGCCGCGCGAAGGCAGAGCCCCGACGGCCCCGACUCGCGGCAAGGAGCCCGCCGCGGCGCCACACCUCCACCGCGCCCGCCGACGCCAGGGAAGCGCCGGCCUCCCGCCGCGGAGCCAGGAGCGUGCGGCGCGCCCGGGCCCGGCCGCCAGAGUCGAAGCGGCGGUGGAGCCCCGUCGGAGCCUCUACCCUUGCAGCGCGGAGGCCGGCGGCGGAGGCCCGGGCUCUCCCCGAACGCUCCCCAGCGUCAUCUCUCAUCCUUCUGUGUCCCAACCCUGCCAGGCGAAGGCCGCCCGGAGGCCCGCCGGCGGUGCUCGUGUUCGGCACUCGGUGUCGACGCACCGGACAGCGCCCAGCUGCAGUGGCUGCCACUCCGUGCACGGCGCCCGCAGCGGGCCGGAGCUCGCCUGCCUGCAGUUUCCCCCGCGGUUCUGGGACGGGGAGGGCACGCAGGGCGAGACAUGGACAGAUAUGAGACUCUCAGGGGCGAAGGCCGGCCGCGGAGGCCCGGCGGGUGCUGGAGGCCCGGCCGGUGGUGGAGGCCCGGCCGGCGGUGGAGGCCCGGCGGCCGACUGCCCGCUGGUGCUGCGGAGGCUGCUGCGGCGCGAGGACGCGCGUGGAGGCUGCCGCUGCGCGCUGCGGGCGCCGCUCGUGUCGGACGUGGAGCUCGAGCGCUUCCUGGCGGCGCCGCGGGACCCCGCGCAGGUGCUCGUGUUCGGCAUCGUGUCGAGCCGCAGCCCCCGCGACAGCGCCCAGCUGCAGUGGCUGCUCGACUCGCUGCACGGCCGCCGGCAGCAGGGCCGGGCCUCGCCCUGCCUGCAGUGCCGGCACGACCCCUACCGCCUUCUCCGCUACGACCUGCACGGGCCCUUCCAGAAGGUUCCGGCGCUGAUGGUGAAGAAGUUCUCGGUGGUGCAGGGCAUGGUCCUGAUGUUCGCGGGGGGCAGGCUGCUGUUCGGGGGCUGCGUCCUCAACGGCUACGGCUUCAGCAAGCAGAACCUGCUGAAACAGAUCUCCCGGGCCCGGCAGGACUGCGAGAAUGGCUACUUCCUGCCCGAGGACUACAAGUUCAACGCGCCCAGCCCGGUCUCCAUGGUGGAGGACGGCGUGGGCCCCACCGGCUCCGAGGACACCCAGGCCAGCUACUCGUCCUUGGCGCUGGGGGACAAGGCCGAGAGGGAGGCCGCCGUUGAGGCCGCGGCCUCCAUGGAGAAAAAGUAGGU